AUGAGGUUCUUGUCUAUAUUUCUCCUUUCGCUGCUCGUAACCUUCACCCACUGCAUCCCCUCACCACAAACACCCUCUACAAUCCCAAACACCUUCACGAAGCGAAACGAAGACGUCGUCCACAGCGGCAACUACGCAAUCGUAAACUGCGCCACUAAGGCCACCCCAGCCGACCUACUCCUCCGCCGCACCUACAACCGCCUCGGCGACGUCAUCACAGACCUAGACGACCACGGCCUAUCCUCUCCCUACGGCCUAAAAGCCUUCUUCAAAUCCGCCUCCGCGAUCCUGCGCAUUCGCGAGGUCUUCUCCCGCAUCCGCCGGGGCGACAGCAUUUACCCGAACGGGGUCGAAGCCGCACCAGUCCUCUACUGCCUCUCAGCCGACGACCCAGACGAGUACGCCCGCAACAUCUACAACGAUCAAUGCGUGAAGAAGGGGUAUCCGGCGGGGACGAUUGCGGGAACGGAGUUCGUGGUCUUGUGUCCGCUGUUCUGGACGGUGGAAAUUGAGCCGGGCCCGGAGGAGUGUCCGAUUCUGCUGUUUAAUAGGUUUCCCCGCGAGACGGAUGGGUUGAUUCAGAAUCAGUUCUCGACCCUCGUGCAUGAGCUUGUGCAUUUGUAUGGCGUGGAGGGCAGUGCCACGGGGAUGGAGACGUAUGGCGUUCAGGAGGUGAUUGAGCUGGGGGCCGCGCAGAGUGUGGAGAAUGCGGCGAAUUAUGAGUAUUAUGCUUCUUUUGUCGUUGCGGGGUGCACGGAGGCUCCGACGAUUUUUGGACCUUGA